AUGGAGGUUUGUUUGCUUGGUCUCUUCUUCCUUGUCCAGGAUACCAAAGAUCGUGUGUUUGCUUUCCUCGAGCAAUUAUCAUGAUCGUUGUCACGAUCUUUACCGUCCUAUAUUAAUAUACUUUGAACUCCGCUUUCGGUCCAUUUUUAACCCACUUGCCCAUCACUCUGGAGGAUGGCGCUGUUCUCCGCGGUGGAGCAUUGGCGGAAGAUAAUGAAAGGCGAAUACUGUUGGGUAGCGGCAACAUCGUUCCGGAGGAGCAGGAAUGCGACGGUCUGAAUGAGGUUUUUGCAGAGUGGGAAAAGCGAGAGCGGCGCAUGGAUCAGCGUGCGGAUGAGAUUGAAAUGAGGAAAAUCCGCAACAUCCGUGAAAAGAAGGAAGGAAAGUCGUCAUUCUCAAGAGGCGGAAGACAGGCCAAGGGGCCAGACGCCAGAGACCUACAAAUGAAAUUGCGUCCUGCACUGCCAAAGCAACAGCCGCAUAUUAGACCGGAGCUAAUGUUGUUUGGAGACAUUUACCGACCAGAUUGA